AUGCAAGGCAAUGGCCCCUCGGCCCUCAUCCUGUCCUACAUCCUGCACGGGCACAUUCCCUACUACAUCGGCGGACACUAUGACACUAUUCUGGAUGCGAAGCUGUUCAAGGACCCCAAUCUGCUGCAUCUGACGUCAGACCUCUAUGCGCAUUUCCUCUCCUCGUUGCGCUACUCGACGGCCGCACUGCCGGUCAACACGCUCCUCGACACGCUCAUCCGGCCGAAUGCUGACACCGAGAUCAACCCGACGUCGUGUGUAGAAUGGCGCUACGAGCCCGACAAGGCGAUAUCGCAUGUUGCCAUAGGCGAUACACAGCAAGUGGGCGGGCAAUGGGCAGGCAACCCGGUUUCUGCGAGCGCCGACAUUGGCACAUUGAGCUACGCUGAGCAGCUCUCGCUCCCGGGCUACUCUUACGCGGAUCAUCUGAGUGAGAUUGAAAGAGAAGACAAUGCAGACUUUGUGCGCCCUUCAAGGACCGAAUUCGCAGACUACCUUCGCAGAUAUCCAGAAGCUGUGGGGAUCUCAGAUUCGGUCUUCACCGGCACAAAGGUCGACGGUGUGUAUCGAAUAUCAGAUGGAUUCAUCAUUGGAUCGCUAGGCGUACGUUGCAAGCACCUGGUGCUCGCCUCUGGCGUCUUCACAGUCAACAUCCCGCCACCUCCGUUGCUUGCGCCCAUCACUGAGCUGGACUCGCGAGAGGCACCAUUACUCGUUGUUGGAUCUGGCUUUUCUGCCGCAGAUAUCAUCAUUUCCGCAUCACCGACGCGCAGGAUCGUUCACCUCUAUCAAUGGGCUCCGGACAAGCGGUCGUCUCCCCUUCGUGGCUGUCACCACUCAGCAUACCCAGAGUAUGCCACCGUGUACCGCCAGAUGAAGCUCGCAGCUAUGGUAUCGGCCAAGAACCGCUCCUCGCGAACACCAGUUCCACGCCGCAAGUCGACCGCCAAUCCUUUCUUCAGCACACGCGACUGGGCUUUGUACGAAGGUCUCCCGAACGCUGAGAUCAUUAAUGUCUCUGCAUCCCCCUCCACUAGCACAGCAUCAGUAGAAAUCCGUCUACCAUCAGGCGAGAUCAAGACCUACGAAGUUGGCGGCCUCGAAUACGUAGUUGGCCGGCGAGGCACCCUCUCAUUCCUCUCUGCCUCCCUCCAAUCCGAGAUCCUCUCACCCGCUCCCUACGACUCUACCAACCCGACCCAGAUAUCUGGCCGUACGCUCCGCACCAAAGCAGAGUACUCACUCGAAGUUGCGCAAAACGUGUUCAUCACCGGCAGUCUAACCGGCGACUCCCUCAUUCGUCACGCAGUAGGCGGCUGUGUGUUCGCCGCUGGUCGGGUCUUUGGCGCCAUUCCACCUACCUUCCCACCAAACUCGCCCACAACAACGACACUCAGCCGCACGAGUUCGACACCGCGCUCCACGAGCCCGACGUCUGACGGCAAGAGCGAGUCGACAAGCACAAGCCCCGUGUCUCGAGCUGCGAAAUCAGGACUGACGACACCGGGGGAGUUGACGAAUGGACAUGCGGAUUUGCAUUUGGACAGACGGAAGUUGGUGAGGAGCGUGGAGGUGGCAGCGGCGAGUAACCGGCUCUGGGUCGACUCUGGAUGGUGGGCUGGGGGUCUCGGUCCUGGAAAACCUUUGUAG